AUGAGCUUGGAGGAUCAAGAGGUACCUCGGCUGGAAGAGCUUUCCUCCGUAUCAGUUGCGGAACAUGUUCCCGAAGCAAACGAAGCUGGUUCUUCUGUUGAAAAUGACGAAAACGAUGGUAUUGAAACUAUUAAUAGGGACGAACAAUCAAGCAGUGGUUCUAUGAGCGUUCACAGCGAUAGUAUAGUCAGUGAUUAUGAGGACGAGCAGAUGAUUGAUUCUGAUGAGGACUUACGGAACCAGUUGAAAGGGUUAGGUGAAAGCGUAAAGGAAUCCCUUCCUUCAGCAGAUAUCCCCGAUACGACAUUGGAAUAUGCAGGAGAAGUCUAUCCCAUGUUUUCUAAAGAUAAUGAUAAUGGUACAGAUAAUAAUGAGCAGCAAAGCGUUGUUAUUGAGGACAGAUCACUGAUUCAUAUGGAGCUUAAUUAUUUAAUUGCUGCAAUCAGAUUGUUUUUACAGAACAAACACGGGGCAUUGUCACUAGCAUCCAAGGAAAUACUACUUCACUUUCCCAACCUUGACUUGCUGUGUAACGAGGAUAAUCUCUACAUCAAAAAGAUGACUAUGGACGACAUUAUUUCCAUUUUUAAAGUGCUACGCACGAAUUCUUUAAGAAACGGUGAAGAGAACGUUCCUUCUACACUUCGAAUUGUAGCAAGUUUGCAACCAAGGUUCGUGUCUAGAUACAACGAUUUGGUCGAAGUAAUGGACAAUAAUGGGAGCUUUGCAGUGGUGCAUGGCUUUUCCAAUGAUGAGAGUCAUCCAGUGUUUGUGGAUGAAGGAAAUCAAGAUGGCUCCAAUUUUACUGGCGGCCGCAGUUCUGAAGUUAUUGUGAUGGACUCUGAUGAGGCUAGUCUGAAGGAUUCGGAUUCGGAUAUUGAAAUAAUAAACUAA